AUGUAUUCAAUUCCGAGACCGGAAUGUUUUGAAUUACCCGUCGCACAUCUCUCCCACCCACCUCUCUCUCUCUCUCUCUCUCCCUCCCUCUCUCUCUCUCCCACCACCUCUCUCUCUCACCCCCCCUCUCUCUCUCUCUCUCCCCCCUCUCUCUCCCACCCCUCUCUCUCUCUCCCCCUCUCUCUCUCCCCACCCCUCUCUCCUCCCACCUCUCUCCCACCCACCUCUCUCUCUCUCUCCCCUCUCUCUCUCCCCCCCCUCUCUCUCCCACCUCUCUCUCUCUCCCACCUCUCUCUCUCCCACCUCUCUCUCCCCACCUCUCUCCCACCCCUCUCUCUCUCCCACCCCUCUCUCUCUCCCCCACCUCUUUCUCUCCCACCCCUCUCUCUCUCUCUCAAACUUUGUCUCUCUCUCUCCCCCCCCCUCUCUCUCUCUCAAACUUUGUCUUUGUCUCUCUCUCUCAAACUUUGUCAUUCUCUCUCUCUCUCUCUCUCUCUCAAACUUUGUCUCUCUUUCUCGUAA